AGGUCAGUAAAGACAUCAGCAUGGCUUGAGUGCCUGACGUGCAUCCCGCUUUAGGUCGAUCAAUGUCUGCUGUUGUUCAGUUUGAGGAAGGUGGAACUGUCUAUCUAACUUACUGGUACAAGUUCUAGAGAGUUUAUAGCUUUUGCCUUAGAACUGCUGUGACUCGUAAGCUUGUUUACAUGCUCACAACAUCACUGCUUGUCUGAUAGUUAGCUAAAGAUUGAUACAUUUCCGGCGAGUGGGCGUUGUGACAGAACACGAACUCAAUCGUGAGAAGGAAAGUGAAAUCAGCUGCAGAGUCCAGAGAGGUGUGGCGACUGCUUGAGUGGCCGAUAACAUGACAGUGCAUUGGAGGUGGUUUGAAUGUCAUGACUGCUCUUGUUUGGAUGCUCUCAUGGCUGCCUCUGGUUUUGCCAGCUAUGAGUGAGCUCCCAAUGCCUGUCAAUGUUACCUUGACCCCGAGCCACUUCAGUCAUAUUCUGAAAUGGGAGCCUGGACCAGGGACACCCACAGGAGCCUACUAUCUUGUCAGGAUUACAACAGAGAGGGGAACCUGGAUGCCUGUGGCAGGCUGCGAGCGUGUCCAGCAGCCACUGGUUUGCAACCUGACUGAGGCAUUCUCAGACCCACUGAAGAGCUACAUGACCAUGGUUAAUGCUCACAACAGCUCACAGUCAGCCAUCAUUUCAGAAUAUAAACCCAUUAUGCACCUGGGUCUUCCACUGCUGACUGUCAGGAAUUGUGGCAGACAUCUGUGUGUGGCUCUUCAGCCUCCCAAGGAGCACCUUCGUCAGGCCUUUGAUAGUCUUAGUUACCAAUUAAAGAUCAGGAGCAAUGAUGGGAAGGGAUUUCAGUUUGUUAAAGACACCAAGUCUCUGAAAGGAGAGAAUCUGACGGAACUGGCACCAGGUAGACAAUACUGUGUCUCAGUUCGCUUCUCGGACGAGCUGGAGGCCAAGAACUCUAACUUUAGCCAACCUGUGUGUGCAUUCACCCCUGGCAUCUUCCCUGCAGACCCAUUGAUCUCAGUCUUCUUGUGCUUGUUGGUGAUCGCUGUAGUGAUUGUUGUUGCCCUGCUGGCGGGUACUGGUUACAUCUGUUUGAAGAGGAGGCCACUACCGACAGCCCUGGCAUCCAUCCAUCACAUGGAGAAUGUUCUGGUUGUUACGACUCUUAGCACACCCUUAACUUCGUUUUUGAAAAUCUGGCCAACGGUGCCCUCUCCAGGUGAGAAGAGGAGCAGGUUGUCAUUAUCUGAUGAGAGUGAUGAGGAAAGUGCAACAGAGAUCACCGGUGGGAGCACAGGGGGAUGUUAUAAUGUACGGCCGGGCGCUAGCCUCCUCUCUUCCUCCUCCUCUUCCUCAUCUUUAUCCCCUAAGCCUGAACCACCGCCCGGUCUAUCCUCAGAACAGCCAUUAGACUUCUUCAACUCACAGCCAACAGACACUCAUUCCAGUGCUGGACUGAAGCCCUCACUGAUCACAGGCACAGACAGUUUGACUGGAGAAGAAAGCAAGGCAGAUGAGACAGAGCACAAGGCAGUGGAACAGGGGGACAGCCAGGAUGUGAACCUCCUUACAUUAACGUUUGGCCGGCAGGAGGAGAACAAAGAGGAGGAGGGGAAGUCAUACCGCUGCAUGACAAAAGUGGAGCAAGAGUGUCAUUCUUCUUCCGAGGACUGCAGCAGUACUGAAGUUUCACAAACUUCGGGCUCCAAGGAAAUUGCCACAAAAAGAGUUUCCUGGUGUGUUGAUGAAGAGGAGGAGGAAGAUAUGGUCAAGUACUCUGGAUAUAUGGGGCGCACAUGUGCCGAUGUAUGAUAUGAUUUUAUGUAGAGGUUUGAAGGUGAUAAUUUUGUGCUGUUUUCAUAAUAUGUGAAAAGCAGUGUUUGAAAGAAAGGCUGAGGUUGUCAUUACACUUCCCUGAUCUAGAUUUAGUUCCAUUAACUCACUGAGGAUGCCUAAAACAGAUUUUAUAUAAGUAAUUAUCCUUGUGCUUAUUACUGGCCAUAGUACACCAACACCGAGUCAGUGAUGGAAAAGAACCUGAAAGUUUUAAGAACAGUCUGAAGGGACACUAAAUGACAGCAUCCUUCUUCCAUUUAAAGUGACACUUGAGGCUAGGGAUGGGGUUAGACAGCAUCUUAUCAGAACUGAAUAUGCUUCCUUGAUAUACUUUCUUCAAACCAGAUCCAAACUGGACUUGCCUACUUGUCACACUUUCCUGUUGCAGUCUCAGUCCUUUCAAAUUGAAAUAGCUUCUUAAUUUCUUGGAUGAACACCAUUUUUUAGAGCAAUUAUCUAAAUAUUUUAAAGCAAGGGGCCUCGUGCAAGAAACUGUCAGCCUUGAUUUUGAGUUGAUGUUGAAAAAGUCAUGCACAGAUGGUCUGCCAGUGCCCGUCUUUUCAUUAUAACUUCUUGUAAACUCCGCUAUCAUCACCAGGCUCUGCUUUGCAGUGUUCAGAUGACAUCAUCAGUCACAGAUGCUCUUUAUCUCAGCUAAAUCAUUUUCACUUUCACAAACAAAAAAACAGCAUGUGCUGCAUUUAAAACAUGAAGUUAGAGACUUCACAUACACAAACUGCAUCUAGAAAGGUUUCUAUUAAUUCAAACCCCAAAAUUUCAUACUUCCAGUAACCUGCCAGGCUGAAAAAAACUACAAUGCAGCUUGACAGUGGCUCUAACACUCCAUAGAAACAUGAAGAACAUUUUUGGUCACACUCGUCUGUGUGCACAAAUGACCAAUUUGCAGCUGUGAAACCUACAUUUUCAGUGUGACUGCAUCUAUGAUCCAAAGCCACAAACCAACCAGUUUACAUCAAAUUUAUGGCAAACACAAGAAGGCGUACGUAAACUAAAAUAUUGAAAGCAGAAGGAAAAAAAGAAGACACAUAGAGAAAGCUUUGCAGAGCAAUGUUACUAGUCACUCAUACUUGUCAACAUAAGCUUUUGAUGUUGUCCUAUUUCUAUUUUACCUAUUUCUGCUCACCAGACAGCCUCAAACUGAUACUACAGAGUAAUAAAACAGAUUUUAUUAGACCUGAACCCUUAGUGUAACAUGCAGUAAAUAUCAUCGUUGUUUUCAUGUCAGUCUGAUGACUUCUUCAGUUGCAUUAUUUUGUUGAAUGUUCUGAUCCAUCUAAUAGGAUUGCUGACACUGCUUACAGGUAUGCAGUUUUCCUCUGUAGACAUUGUAAAGUAAUAUCUUUUGAGUACAAUGUGCUAAAAGUGAAAGCUGAUAUAAUUAUGGCAAAUCCUGUUAAACUGAAGAAUAGAGUUAAGACGUAUGUAUGAACUGCAUAAUAAUGUCAGUUCUAGUAAUCACUGAUGUUUUGGUGUGGUAUGUGUCUGUGGAGGACACACACACACACACACACACACACACACACACACACACACACACACACACACACACACACACACACACACACACACACACACACACACACACACACACACACGACUGAUUCUGCUAUUCCCAUGGGGACUUACCAUUGACUCCCAUUCAUAUCUAACCCUAACCUUAACCCAGACCAAAACAAUGCCUAACCCUAAAGAAACUUUUUUGCACUUUUACUUUUUUCAGUAACAACAACAUGGCCAAGAAAACACUGUUUCCCCCCGUGGGGACCUCAUUUUUGGUUCCCACCGUGACACGAGUCCCCACCGAGAUAGCAGAAACAAGUACACACACACACACACACACACACACACACACACACACACACACACACACACACACAGCUAGAAGGUCACAAAGUAUAACCUGGAACUUUGGUGUGAAAAUAGGUUAUUUUUAAUAAUUGAUAUAUGGAGUACUCAGAACAUAAUGGUGUAAACUUAGCACAGUAUAACUUUUGAAAGAGGAAAACAACAAUACAUAAAAGUAUAAUAUGCAUGAAGUCUGUCUCAAAAUAACAGGGCAAACUUUGAACAUGUCUGGUCAUGUUCUCUGUAAAACAUGACCUAAUGACAACUUAAUGACCAUGUCUUCUGUAGGGAGAGCUCUAAGAGUGAAAUAUGAUGACCUGACGUCAGGAUCUGACCAAUAGAUUUAGAAAAGUCUGAUGGUAUCAAAAGUGUCACUCCUAUCAUACACUCUAUAGGCAUGGAAGAAUGACCAACUUUCAGCAUAAAAGACGGUGCACAGCUCAGUGUCUUUAGUUUUUUCUUGGGGAUUUAAUCACUGCUAAGAACUACUCCUGGAUUUUUGUCGACAAUAAGUCCUGCUGCCUCGGAAUGCUGACUUGUAGAUUUUUUUGAAGAUCUGUAACAUUUGUCCAUGGUCAAGUUUUAGACUCUGACCCAUAAUUUGUGACUUAGAUUCCACUUCAUCAAUAUGUAGACAAGAAGCUCCACAGUGUCAAGCUCUGAUUUUAUUCACCCAUUAACAGCAGUACUUGCCUCUUAGAAAGCAGUUUAAUUAUUUUGUCAAAAAAAAAAUCCUCAUGAACCAUCAGUAUCCAUCAUCAUUAUUUUGAUCAGCAGUCUUGCUGUAUCUGUUUCACUGAUUGUGAAGUCUGGCAUUUAGAUUUUUUCAAUUCCUUUCCAUGUGGGGCCACGAUGUAGAUAGACACUGCCCGUAGAUCCAAAACUGAGAAGGUUCUGGUGUUGGCAGCUCAUUUUCUAACCAUGUUCAUGCAAUUGGGCUGAUUUGAAGUCGAAAGUGUACCCAGUUUAGUCUCAGUGAUUACACAAUUUUCUAGCUUGUAUGUCAAAUUUCUGCUUCGAGGCCUGUGUUUUCAAAAUAGUCCUUCAAACAAUCAUUGUAACUGUGAGAAAUGAUACAAUUGUGAAUAAUUGUAAUAAGGUGUACUCAUUCUUGUUGUAUACUGUAAGUAAGGGAAGUUUAGGUAAAGAAAAUGUUCUUGCAUGAGGCCCAUUGUAUUCUUCACCAUAUGGUUUACAGUAAAUGAUGCAGCUUUACACAUUAGUGCUUCCUCUGCUUUCUAAAAGGUCUUAAGAUCUAAAUCAAAACCUAAAGAGGACUUCACAGGAAAAAUUCACAUUUCGAAAUUGCUAUUCUGUUUAAUUUAGCUACUAACCCUAAUCCCCUGCAGGAAGUUGGCCGGAUGUGACAACUUUUAUGGUAAAUUUCAGAUUUUAAAAGCGAGUAACACUUUCUUCAAAGAAGCAGCAAACUUCAAGUGUCCUUCGACAUGCACUGAAAACUGAACUUGUGAACAUACAAUAGAUUAGAAAAACAGAGUACAUAAGAAAUACUGUAUUUUUAUUAAAAGCCAUUGUAUGCUUAAUGACUUAUGAGUGGAUAUUCACACUGCUAUGCAUAAUUUCUGAAAUGGAACUAUAGUGACUGAAUGUGAAACUGACUGGCUUUAUCUCUCUAUGUUUUGUACAUGUAUGAAGAAUGGAACCACAGAAAUGCACGUUAUUACACUUUGCAACUUUAUUUCAACAGUACAGUAUGAAAUCGUAUUUGUGUCAUUUUGGUGUAUUUAUAUUGACUGUAACGUCUUGCCAUACAUUAGCUCAUUUUUGCUACUCAGUCAUUUUACUCAGCGCUCAGCCAUAGACAUGUACAUGUAUUUUAGAGCAAAUAGUCACAUUUUUACUGAUAAGUCUUGUUCUGUCAUGUUUAUUAUUGCAAUAAAAACUGAAACAAUAA